UGUACAAUAGCGCCAGUACCGUUGCGAUACAAACACACCUUAAAACUAAAGAAAGGGGGAGAAAAAGAAAAAAGAAAGAAAAAAGAACGUCAGUUUGGCCUUUUUCGUCUUGAUGUUGGUCACAUGCUGAAGAGAGAGGGGGGAAAACAGAAAUUCUCUCAGAUGAUCUACUAUUCAUGAUAUAUUCUUGGCUUUUCCCGUACGUUGCGAGUUUCACCACUUCCCCACCCCCAAGUGGGACUCCAGGUGCUUAACCCACCUCCUGCCAGUUCUGCAUGGUCAUGACCUGUCAUCACGCCUCUUCCACAGCCCACCUCAUCCUAUUGGUCCUGCUCAUUGUCACUCCACAUCUAGCUCGUGCUGCCCCUGCGUGGGGCGAGGGAGGGGCGGGAGGGGUGGAGGGGCACACCCGGACUGACGGUAAAGAGGACAGCCUUCCCUCCUUUCGCUCGCCCCCAACCCAGAGUCUUUCUGGGUCUGACAAUGUGUCGGUAGACCAGGGCCAGGGCCUGGGUCAAAAUAAUCAAUUAGAGAAAAUGACAGAUCCUGCACAGGUGCUCGCCAUUCUUUUGAAGUCCCUGGACCACCCAGUGGAAAGUGAAAACCAGGCGAGCAGAAACAGAGACUGGGAAGAGAAUCAAAAUCAGAUGCAACCUUCCACUGAAGGCUUGGAGGGUAGCAAGAUAAGAAGAGCAGAGCAGACAGAGAGAGAGAGGGGGGUGGAGGAGGACCAAGAGGCGCAAGGGGCUGAUAAGGCUAUUGAAAAGCUAAUUUUAGGCCAUUUGACAGCUGCUCAGAGGGAUGACUUGAAUGAAAAGGAGGAGGAGGAUAAAACAAGGCCAGAGGAGGAUCAAAGGUGGUCUACGGAGGAUGUGAGUUCUGAUAGUGUAAGUGAGGAAAGAAGGAAAGAGGAAGAAGAGGGGCAAGAGGAGGAAAAUGAUUUAGAAAGUGCCCUUGACAAGAUCAAAUCUGGUUCCAUCUUACAGGUAGAAGAUCCUUCUUUACAACGCAAAAUUAGGGGCUACUUCCAAAACAUUGACUUGGGUCUCCAAGACAAUGAGAUCCUGCCUCCUCUGAAGGGCUACAAGGCAUACAACACUCAGCUAGCACGAGCUGGAAAAAAACAGCACUGGCAGGAGAACCAGUCUCGCAACAGACCAAUAAAGGGGGGCAACUUCAUGGAUGACUUUGAGAAUGAAGGAGAGGCGUUAGAGGAGGAGAUUGAAGAAGAAGAGGAGAGCCUCUCCCACAUGGAGGAGGAGGCGAGGGCACGUGCAGAAAAACAGGAAGUUCUCCGGCAGCAGGAGGAGGCAGAACGAGCCAGGGAGGAAGAGCAGAGGCUGGCAGACAUAGCUUCUGACAUGGUGCUGCAGUACAUGGGAAAGCAGCAACAAUCCUACCUGAAGCCUCGGCAGAAGAGCAGCAACACCGCAGAGGACAAGCGAUCAGAGGAAGUCCUCCCUGAUGAAGAUGACCUGGACCAACAAAUGAUUGACAGGCUGAUUGAAAUCAGCAGCAAGCUGCACCUGCCUGCUGAUGAUGUGAUUGAAAUUAUAAGUGAUGUGGAGGAGAAAAAAAAGAAAAGGAAAGAACUGCAGCAGCUGCCAAUUAACAACAACCCUGUUGCACCACGAUUUAGACCUCUGGUACCCCCUCCUCUGGCUGCCCCACCUAUUUACCACUAUACAGCUUCAAAAAACCCCAAGAAAACCCCUUAUAAGUACAACAAAUCCAACAAGAAAUGGCACAAAGACAAAAUCAAGUCAUACAAGCAGGACUAUUGGUAUAAGCCUCAGAAGCAGUUUGACUACUGGUAUAAACCCCAGAAGCAGUUUUUAGCCUUUCCUUCCUAUCCAUACUACCAAAAGCCAUACCGGGCCUAUUACCCUGUUUACUUCCCAUAUCCUAAACAGUAUUAUGGCAAGCCCUCCCCCUCCAGAGAACAGCCCUUCAGCCCCCAGGAACUUGACCUCCAGGCUCCAAAGCGCAGGCACAGGGGUGGAAGUAAGAACCGUGGUCAGGGCUGGAGGCAGCAGCCACCCCCUCGCUUGCCUCUCACCCCUUAUAUCUCUAACUAUAUCCUUCCUCACCCACGGACCUACCAACCACUGCCCCCUCCUAAACCAAUAAUCACACCCAGGAGGGGCAGGCAACCCCCUUACUACUAUCCACAAGACACACCAGGGGAUGACUAUGAGGAAGAUGGGCUGGUGCCUCAGCUUGACAGUGAGGAGGAACUGGAAAACUUUAUUGAGCGGAUCUACAUGAAGCGCAGAAUGUAUUGAGAGACGUCUUUGGACAUUGUCAUAUCAGAGGGACUGACUGAGAUGGGGUAGAUUUAACGUAGCUGGAGGGAGGCAAAAUCAGAGGAAAAUAAAGACUCAGAAGAGAUUUGUUUUGAGCCUGAUGGAAAUUUAAGGUCUGAUGAGUAAAACUUUAGAUUUCUGUUGUUAUUCACUGUAAUUUUGUUGAUUUUCUCAGACAGGGAGAGAAUGAUGAGGUCCCACUUUAAAGCUCCCUGUAACCAUGAUCAGCCUCUUGCUCAGUUUACAUUUUGAACAGAACGUACCAUGGUGUAUGUCUGCCUCCAUUCAGGUUGAUCUCUGAUGCUCCUGUAUAUUUCAGAGAAUUAUAGAAGACACACAUACACACAGAUAAACAUGCAUAUGCACAGAGGCAUGCAUGCACAUCAGCACACCUACAUAACGUCACAGUUUUGACAUUUUCAUAAGCAGAUAUGUCCACUGUAAAAGAACUGUGUUUUUAAAACCACUUUGUAUCUUUUGUUUUAUAUUCUGUAUAUCAUUUUACAAAUCUAAAGCAGUUCAUUGACUUCUUAGCUAUACAAAAAGUGAACACUGCUAUUGUCAAAUGUUGACAGUAUAUUUUUGUUGUAUUUGAUGUGUGUAGAUGCCUUUCUUAUGCCCGAUUGGAUCAAUUUUAAACAGCUGCAAUUUUAAUACACACAUUUCAGUUUUUCAAACUCAAGAUUCAGAUUUUUGCCUUACAAGCACCAUGGUUCUAUAAGAGAAAUAUCACAUUGCAUAUUUUAAUUAUCACAAGUGGUCCUGAUGUAGAAACCCUGUGGGCUCCAAAAGCACAAACUUAAACACUAAACACUUCCAACCUGGUGGACCAAGGGUUUUCAAUCAUUUUGGGAUCCAGAAGUGAUUAUGUCAAUACAUAUAUAUGGCAGAUCCACCACAAUAAGUAUAAUCAAAAUCAUACCAUUGUCAUUGUUUACCUCAAAUUCAAUUUUCUCGUUAAUUUCUCUUUUUUUUCCCCCACACUGGGCUGUUUGGUCAUGUUUAUUGCAUUAUUUCUCUAGUUUUGCUUCUUAAAAAAAGAAAAAGAAUACUUGAAAUCACAGUAAGUGUUCUGCAGCCUUUUUAAAACAGAUUUCCACCAAGAGGCUACAAGCAUUCUGUUCAUUUUCAGAAGAAAUUCAUUGAAAAGCUUCAGGCCGGGAAGUCAGGGAUUGUGCUUAAACCGUUAAAUGCACGUCUUUCUACUUGCAUCAUAAAAAAUGAACAAAAAAAUAGAACAAAAAAAGAGGAAAAAAAAAUAAAACAGUAUGGAGAAUUCAAAAUGGUUGUUUUCUCUGAAUAAACUGUGAACAUAAAAAAUAAAAAAAAAAUCUCAAAGGAGGGCCACUGUGUCCACAGUGAAGCCAUCUGUCUUGUAAAAGGAGAGUGUUGUUGUUGAUGUCACCUUUAGCAUUGUAAGAUGUACAGUGUGAAAUAAAUAUGCCCGUGCAAUGUGUAAAUAACA